GUUUGCAUCUGCAGAGCAGCAGCAGCAGCAGCAGAAGCAGAGAUAUGACGAAAGAAGGUGUUUCUGGCGAGAAAGUGGAAACUUCCGGCGACUCUGUGUCUCUUUUGAAAGCUAUUCAGCAGCUUUGUCGCCGGAAGGAUAUCCUGGAGAUGUUAUCUGAAGGGUUCUGUCCACGGGACAAGGGUUUAUUCCAGAGUCGCUUUGAAGAUCUCUCUAAUGGAAAAUUUGAUAUGCUACCAUCUUUAAAUGGUAAUUACUCAGAGAGCUUGACUGAUUUCUGUUCUGUGGAUUCAUCGAACUUGUUUUCACCAAGGAAGAGGCCCACAUCUGACAGAAAGAACCCUCAUUCGUAUGAGAAUACUGCCCAGAGCUUAGCAAAAACUCCUGUCUCUUAUGUGAGACACCAGAUGAGUUAUUCUGAUUCCUUUCCGGCAUUAUUAAAUAGUAGCCAACAUUCAUUGGAUGAAUCUGAAGCAUCUCUUGUUGAUGAAUUAAAUGAAAUGUCUCGAGUUAGAAUGGAAGAAUUUGCAUAUAUAGAGAGGAUUAAUGGGAAGCCAGUAGAUAUAGUAAGUGGGCUUGAGCUUCAUACCAGAGUUUUUAAUGAAUUGGAUCAGAAGAAGAUUGUUGAUUAUGUCUAUAGACUACAGCGUCUAGGACAGGAAGGGCAACUUAGAGCACGUACAUACUCAGCGCCGAAGAAGUGGAUGCGUGGUAAAGGGCGUGUUACAAUUCAAUUUGGUUGUUGCUACAACUAUGCAGUGGACAAAAAAGGGAACCUUCCCGGUAUCAUGCGAGAUGAAGAAGUUGAUCCCUUGCCCCCCUUGUUCAAGAAUAUUAUCAAGAGAUUGGUCAAGUGGAAUGUCCUGCCCCCUACAUGUGUUCCGAAUAGUUGCAUUGUUAACAUUUAUGACAAAGGGGACUGCAUCCCUCCUCAUAUCGACCACCACGAUUUUCUCAGGCCUUUCUGUACUCUGUCAUUAUUGACUGAAUGCAAAAUACUGUUCGGUUCAAAUCUGAAGAUCGAUGGACCUGGAGAAUUCUCCGGUCCAAUUGUCAUACCUUUACCUGUCGGCUCAGUACUAGUCUUGCAAGGAAAUGGCUCUGAUGUAGCUAAGCAUUGUGUUCCAGGUGUGCCUGCCAAAAGGAUCUCCAUCACAUUCAGAAAGAUGGAUGAUAGCAAGCUGCCAUUCAAAUUCAAGCCUGAUCCAGAGUUGCAGGGCCUUCAGCCUCUUUCUUACUCUUUGAUGAAGUCUCCAAUUCAGCAGGUUCCACAUCGAAAUCCUAUUUAUCAAAAUAAGCAAGCUAUGAGCAAUGAGUCUGAGGAUCUUUUGGAGACAGCUAGCAGUUCUUUUCACCUUGUUAAACAAGAUUUCCCCCCCACUUGGUGGCUCAAACUCAAGUAGCAGAUCAAAACCUAACAAGAACAGGUCAUAGUGAAGGAAUAUUUAUUUUUGAUUGACUGUUUCUUCUUUUACUGUACAGGGUCCACCCCAAAUCAUUUAUUUUGUAUUAACCCAUGUAUUACCAUAGGAGUAGUUUUUCCGUGUCUUUGAUUUUGUUGGAUCAUGAUUUAAUUAGGUUAUUAAAAUAUUUAAAGCUUAUGAAUAAAUUUUGUUUGAA